CACCGCCCACAUUCUUCUUCAUUCCUCUUUCUCUCUUUCUCUCUCUUUUGCCGUUUAUCUUUUAAGUUUUCUCUCUGUAAAGAAAAAAAAAAAAAAUGAAUCGAAUCCCAUUUUCUUAAACAUAAUUCCUUUUCUCCUACUUAUCUACCGCUUCUCUCUCUGAAUUGAAUGAUUCUACCAUGUGGGUCUUCUCUCUAAACUCCCAACUUUUCUUUUUUUGCUCCUGUUCAUGGCUUUCCUCUUCUCUGGAUGAGUGUACUAUCCAAGUUCUAUUCUAAGAGGGAUAUCCAGCAGUGAGGUCAACGGAUAUGGGAGCCUCAAGUUCUAAACUAGAGGAAGAUAAGGCCCUUCGACUGUGUCGUGAAAGAAAGAAGUUUGUUAAGCAGGCCCUUCAUGGAAGAUGCUCACUUGCGACAGCCCAUGCUGAAUACAUUCAGUCACUCAGAUGUACAGGGACCGCUCUCAAGAUAUUUGUACAACCUGAAGGUCCAGUUGAAUCACCCUUAUACACUUCCACUUUUGCAACCCCUGAGCCCCUUGCCUUCACCGAGAAAUCUGCAUCUCAAUUUUCAUUUCCUUCUCCAUCCUUCUCACAUCAUAUGGAUGCUGCUGGUAAUCUUUCUCCAUCACCUUCUCCUCCUGCCUCAAGUCGGUUUCAGGCAAAUCAUAUGCAAUUCAGGGGCAGUUUUGCUCACAAGGUUGAAGAAAAAUUGCCCUCGCCUGUUAUUGGAACCGUAACCUCAUCGGAAACUCCACCUAGUGCCAAACCUCAAACCUCUGAAAGACCUCAAACACUAUCAUUUGAAGGCUCUUCUGCACCUCAGGAAGGAACUUGGGAUUUCUUUUUUCCUUCAAAUAAUCAUGAAUUUUCCUUUCAUGAUGGGCAUGAGGUGAAUAAUGGAGGGGUUGAGUUUGAGAAUGCUGAUGGUGCAAAAUACUUCAAGGAAGAGGAUGGAAAUUUUGAAUAUGGAGAUAAAGAAGGGAAGAGCUCUUUACAUGGAGGGGAGGAAUCUCAGAACUCGGAGGAUGAGUUUGAUGAACCUGCUUCUGAAACUUUGGUUCGAAGUUUUGAAAAUUUUAACAGGGUACAUGAUGAUGGAGCAUCAAAUACUUCUCCUAAUAUGCAUACUGUGAAAAGUGUAGCUUCAGAACCUGAGUUAGUGAAUCAGGGGAAGAACCAUUCUCCUGGUUUGUCACCUUUAAGAACCACAUCUUCAUUAGUUCCAUUAACAACUGUUUUUGGUAAAGCAACUGCAAAGGAAGAGAGCGUGGAGAAUACAGCUGUUCACAAGGACUUAUUUUCAAGCAUGAAGGAAAUUGAGAUUCUCUUUAUAAAAGCUUCUGAAUCUGGCAAAGAAGUUCCAAGAAUGCUUGAAGCAAAUAAGUUGCACAUACGUCCAAUUUUUCCUGGAAAAGAAAAUCCAUCAUUAUCGUCAACAUUGUUGAAGUCUUGCUUUUCGUGUGGAGAUGACCCGGGUGUUGUUCGUGAAGAGCCUGUCCAAACUGCAACGAAGUACUUGACUUGGCAUAGGACGGCAUCCUCACGUUCCUCUUCAUCCAGGAAUCCUUUGGGAGUUAACUCAAAAGAGGAUGUUGAGGACUACUCUAGCAACUUAUUCGAGAACUUCUGCAUGAACUCUGGUAGUCAUGCCUCAACCUUGGAUAGGCUUUAUGCAUGGGAAAAGAAGCUCUAUGAUGAAGUUAAGGCUAGUGAGAUGGUCAGGAAAGAGUAUGACCUCAAGUGUAAAAUGCUACGUCAUUUAGAAUCAAAGGAAGUCGGUCUACCAAAAAUAGACAAAACACGAGCUGUUAUCAAGGAUUUACAUUCCAGAAUCAGAGUGGGAGUUCAUAGAAUAGAUUCUAUAUCAAAGAAGAUUGAAGAAUUGCGAGAUAGAGAGCUCCAACCGCAACUCGAGGAAUUGAUUGAAGGGUUAAGUCGGAUGUGGGAAGUGAUGUUUGAUUGCCACAAGCAUCAACUACAAAUCAUCAAAGCAGCAUCGUACCACGGCAACAUGAAAAUCUCGAUGCACUCUGAAACAAGGAGGUACAACACCAUUUAUCUCGAAACCGAACUAGCAUCUUUAUCAUCAAGUUUUAUGAAGUGGAUUACAGCACAGAAGUCGUAUCUGCAUUCGAUAGAUGGAUGGCUUCUCAAAUGUGUUACUCUACCUCAACCCAAGGGGAAAAGGAGAGUACAGGCUCCACCCAUAAAAAAUUAUGGACCACCCCCUAUAUACAUUACAUGUAGUGUGUGGUUGGAAAAGAUCAAGGAAUUACCAACAAAGGAGGUCGUAGAUUCGAUAAAGGAUUUGGCAGCUGAAACUGCCCGUUUUUUGCCGCAUCAGGAGAAAAACCCAAGGAAGGGGAAGGUUGCAAAAAAUCUUUCAAUCUUAACAUCAUUUAAGGGUGACAAUGACAGUGAGUCAAUAGGGAAUAAUUUGUUACAAGGGGAAGCAUCAGAGAGCUUGAUCUCUGGUUUUGAUCAUUUGAGACCAAGCUUGGUUAAGUUUUUUGAGAAAUUGAAUAACUUUGCAGAUUCUUCUGUGAAAAUGUAUGAAGAACUUGGGAAGACCAUUCAAGAAUUUAAGAGUCAUUACGAACAGUGGAAAGCCCAGAGACUGGAGAAACAAGCGGGAAUCUGAGUAUGAAGAAGAAAAUGGGAAGGAAAAGGUAAGAGGGAUUUGUAUAUGAGAAACAAAAUAAAGAAGGCUGUUCUAUGUCUUACCGAAACCUGGAAGCAGAAAAUAAAGGAGAAGCUGAUGCAAAACAAGCACAUAUAAAUAUAAAAGUACAUAUAUGAAGAUAAGAAGAUUGAUGUUGGAAGGUGUAAUUACGAGUGUUUUACAUUUACACGUCAAAAUAGAAUCAAUUUGCAGAGUUAAUAUUAGGGGGCAUUGUACAGUUCUAUUUCUCCAUAUAAAACACAAUGACACACCUUCUCUAUCUUGUUCUAGUUCAUUCAUAUGAAACUUCAUCACAUCAUUCAUUCUCAUUAUAUUGUUGGGUAAUCUGUUCUCUCUUCUAUGAAUGAACUUGAAUUUUGUCUUGUUUCUUCA